AUCUCAAGAGUAUUUAAUGUUUACUACUUGUCCAUGUUAGUACUUGUAUGACUCUAGUACUAUUAGAGAUCUCACAAUAAAUGUCUUCCCUCCAUUCAUUGACCUGUACAACUAGCUCUCUUUUCUAACUACCAUUUGUUACCUUUUAUACCUCUUCUCUCAUUUCCUCUUCUUGUUCAUCUAGAGUCACAACUACUAGAAUCUAUAGUAGAAAACAACCUUUUUCCAUGACACACCAACCAAAUUUUCACAACCUAUGAUGUCUGUGUUUUGUUUUCAAUAGAAACAACAACAUAGGACAUUGUUUCACCUACAACAGUGUAAAGCCAAAAUGGGUUGUUGUGCUAGUAGUAACAGAUCUUCAAUCCCAACAACGAAAAGCAGUGAUUUUGAACUAUCAAGAUCUAGCAUUUCUAGAGCACCGCCUCCACUUCCAUUGGAAGAAGAAACUGUGAAGGAAGUGUUGUCGGAGACAUCCAAAUGGAAGAAACCAAGCUUGGUUACAUAUGAAAAGCCGAAAUGUUUUGAAAAGUUCGACAGAGAGAACAAGGUUGAGAAACCGUUCUAUAAAGUCGAUGAGAUCUCUGAAUUCUCUGAGGUUUGUAGCUUAGGUGAAAGUGUCUCUACAAUCACUGAUAAGAGAGAAGAGGAAGAAGAAUUUCGUCAAAGGGUCUACGGAUCUCCCGCUAAAACACGCAAAAAUCGUUCCUUUUCCGGUGAGAAACGAGACUGGACUGCCGGGAGGUCGCCGGCGAGAAGGUCGGAGUUAUCUCCAGCAAAAAGAAAUGCUGGCUCGGUCAGGAGAGAUCAAAUUGGAAAUGGAGGAAUGAAGAACAAUCUUCACCAGAGAGACGCCGGAGAAAACUCCGGCCGGCGAUCUAGAUCACCGGCCACCCGUACUGAUAACGGAACAACGAGAUCCGUUGCGGGUCGAAGCUUAUCUGCCAGAAGAACUAACCAAUCGCCGGCUAAGGCAAGAACCGCCUCGCCGGCUAAAAGUUGCCGGAAAAUGGAGAAUUCAACAAUGGAGAAUAAUUGGCCAUCAACAACAAACGAGUCACUGGAAAAUCCACUUGUGUCAUUGGAAUGUUUCAUCUUUCUCUAAUGAAAUUGGUGGAAAAAAAUGUUGCAGAUUCGAAUCCACAUUGUUAUAUCUGAUGUCAUUGUUAUAUCUGAUGUCUCUGCAUUACUCUACUUCUAAUGCUUCUGAUGCGGUUGAUGUCGCUGCACUACUAUCAACUGAGUCUUAUUUAACGGAACAAUCAUAAUUGUUAGUUACUAAUAUGGAUUAGUAGUAACAGUUACUAUUAAAUUAUUAUGUAUUUUGAUUAGUUGAUUAUUAUUAAUGAAUAGUGAUAUAGUAUUAUGAAAGUUAAUGAUAGUUGAAAUUAGAAGUCAAUUUUAGAGACUAAGUUAUAGUAAGGUAGAGAGAUUGGGUAGCAAUUUCGAAGCAUGCCGAUUUGGAUACUGUAAUACGUAAAUGCAAUGUGGUGAAAAUUGAUGUUUGCAGUGUUUAUGUAUCUUUUUCUUCUCUGCGAGUGGAUUUCUUCUACUGCACCGAUUUGGCUUGUUAGGAAAGAUUGCGUCUCUGCCAUUCAUGAUUCAGUCUGUACAAAAUUAUUUACCUAAGGUACUUUGACAGUGAAAGGUUCAAGAUGAGAUUAGGUGAUGAGAAUGAGGACAAAUUAUGAUGAUUUAUUUUUUU